UUCAUUAUACAUAAAAGAUGUGAACAAUUAUCGAAUCUAGCUAGAAGAUAUUGAUCAUGUUCGAUGAUGAUAUCAAUUAGUAAAUUAUCUCAAUUUAUUUUAAGUUGAUGGAUUAAUUUAUUAGACUGGUUGAUGAAUAAUUCAUAGUAAAAAUAUGACAAAUAAAAAUUGUUAAAUAAAAACCAUGAUGGAAAAAACCUUCAAACAAAUUGGCAAAAUAUGUUUUUAUAAAUAGUUUGUUUCAUCUAGUUUAGCUUAACGAGAAAGGUAAAUAGUUAUAGUUCAGUUAAACUAUUACAUUUCUCGUUUAGUUACCUUUUUUAGUUUUUUUUUUCAUUUCAGCAUCUUACCUAUUUAGUUUUCACAUUUCAGCAUUUUACCUAAAUUUUCUUUUCCAUUUCAGCAUUUUUCCUAUUUAGUUAAUUAAUUAUGUUUCCUUGUAUAAAACAGCCGGUUUAGUUCACCCCAUUGCCCAAGAAAUCGGCUGUUUAUGACGAUUUAAUUAGUACAAACUUUUUAACAUUUUUAUAAAUAAAAAAGACAAGAGAAUAAGAAAUAAAUUUACACUCGUUAAACCGUUAUUAUUUGGCAUGAUAAGAAAGUGUUUGAAGACGUGCUUUCCUUGCUCUCAAAUUCUUCCAAAGCAAAGCUUCUUCUCUUUUCCUUCUCUUAUAAAGUGGGCUUAUUUCGCCCCACAGGCCCACUAAUGAUUUUUGUCUCACCCAUGGCUAAAGCCUUCGUGAACAAAUACUAAACAUUGGGCAAAACAAGUUGUUUUAAUUUUUGAAGUUCUAAACGUUUUUAAUCAUACAAAGAUAAACAUGUUAAAUAAGAAAGUCAAUAUAGAAGAUAAACGUGUCCCUAAUUGCGGAUUUCCCACUAUAUUUACGGGAACUAAUCAUCAGUCAUAGUUUUUCUGUUAAUGAUCAUCAUUAUCAUCAGUUUUAAUUAGUAUCAGUCUGACUUUUUCAAUAUCAAACAAAGAUAGAUAAAACACACACAAAAUGAAGAAUAUACAAAGAAAGCAGCAACGAUGUUCAUCCUUGUUCACUGACGCGACCUCCUCCGAGCUUCCUCAGUUGAAAAAAAUUCGAGCUUCAGAAACGAUGGCGGCCUUUCCUAAUCCCAAUUCUAAUGCUGGACUGAAGAAGCUCGACGAGCAUCUUCUUACACGUUAUUACAUUACAGGUCACAAGGCUUCAAAGGAUGAUAUCACCGUCUAUGCGGCCCUUUCAAAACAUCCACCAUCGCAAUAUGUGAACGUAUCUCGUUGGUACAACCACAUUGAGACUCUAUUGGGUAUCUCAGGUAUCUCUUCUCAAGGGAGUGGUGUCAGUAUUGACGGACUGGUCUCUACCUCAGAACAUGCGGUUGCUGAUUCUAAUGAUGGUGUUGUGGUUGUUGAUAAUGAUAAUGAUCAAGAUGUUGACCUUAUCGGCGAAGAUACCCAAAAGGAAAAGAAAAGUGCUGAAGAGAAAGCAACUUCCACAAAGAAGAAAAUAUGUUGGGAGUCGGUUUUAAUAGUUAUCAUACCGCAGGAUUGUCAGACCAACAUGAAGAAGCUAGAGGAACGUCUAAGAACUAUUCAAAUGGAAGGACUGAUUUGGGGAGCAUCAAAACUUGUCCAUGUUGGAUAUGGAGUCGAGUUGUUGCGGAUCAUAGCCACCAUGCCUAGAAAUGAGAACAUUGAUGUUUUCGACGUACUCGUCGGUGACUAUAUAUCUUUUUUAGGAGGUUUCAAUGUUGAGACUGCGGGCUUGCGUCAAUCUCUAGUUCUUAUCAACCCAAAUGAUGAAGAGACCGACAUGAAGAAGCUAGAGGAAACUGUAAGAUCCAUUCAAUUGGCAGGGCUGUUUUGGGGAGCAUCAAAGCUUCUCUCAGUUGGCUAUGGAAUCAAGUUGUUGGGGAUCGAGUGCACAGCUGUUGGACACCUUGUUCAUCUUGGACGCAGAGAUAAUGCCGCUGAUGAUGAUGAUGAUGUUAACCUUUUUGGUGAAGAGAGAGCAGCAGGUAAGUCAGGGUUAGUGCUUCGAAAGCUGUUUGGUGACACGCCCGACAUAAAGAAGACAGAAGAAACUGUAAGAUCCCGUCAGAUGGAAGGAGUAGUAUGGGGAGCAUCAAAGAUUUACAAUGUUGGCUAUGGAUUCAAGUAUAUGCGGACCAUAUUCACCAUUGUUGACAACCAUUUGUCUCUCGAUACUGUCACUAGAAACACUGGCGGUAUCCCCUUGAACAGAAUACAGGAUCGAAACAACCUUUAAGGGAAAGCUUUAUUGGAGAUCUUUUUCCUUUGGGAAAAUAUUUUUCAAAAUAAAACAGACAGAUUAAUAAGCUGAGUAUCAUCAUCCUGAUGUAAAAUUAUAUACAUCUGAGUUA